AUGUCUCCCCACAAGUCAUUUUCUCUCGGACAUACCCCAAUUGCUGAUCAUUCCUUCUCAGAGGACCGAUCUCUUUUGGCUGUUGCCCGUGACUCAAACAUUGAGCUUUACUACACCGAUGGCAAGCAAUACGAGCUCGGUAACACACUCACAGACCAUGACAAGACCGUUACUUCUGUUGAUAUUGCGCCCAGCGGCCGUCUCGUCACCUGCUCUCAGGAUCGAAACGCCCUUGUUUGGGAGCCCCAGCUAGACGGUUCUUGGAAACCCACCCUUGUUCUGCUCCGUAUAAACCGCGCCGCCACUUUUGUGCGUUGGUCUCCUGACGAGAAGAAAUUUGCCGUUGGUUCAGGUGCGCGUGUCAUUGCCAUCUGCCACUUUGAACAAGAAAACGACUGGUGGAUUUCUAAGCACAUCAAAAAGCCCAUUCGCUCUACUAUUCUCUCCGUCGCGUGGCACCCCAACUCGGUCCUCCUUGCAGCCGGUUCUACCGACGGCCACGCUCGUGUCUUUUCCAGUUUCAUCAAGGGCGUUGAUGCCCGCCCGGAACCAACAAACUGGGGUGACCGUCUUCCCUUUCAAACUCUUUGCGGUGACUUUGUUAGCGAAAGCGGCGGCUGGGUCCACGAUGUGGCUUUCUCUCCCUCUGGUGAUGCUUUGGCCUUUGCCACCCAUGACUCAAGCAUUGUUGUUGCAUACCCUGGUGGUCCUGAACAACCUCCUCGUGCUGUUGUUUCGGUCUCUACCUCUCUUCUCCCUCUCCGCUCACUCAUUUGGACCAAUGAAAACCAGGUUGUUGCGGCCGGCCACGACUUCCACCCAGUGAUCUUUCAGGGUGAUGAGCGCGGCUGGAAGCUCACUACGUCCAUUGAUGACCCGGCAAAGGCCAACAAGACGGAGGCUAAGGAAUCAACUGCCCUCAAUAUGUUCCGUCAGCUUGACCUUAAGGGUGCCGUCGACCCUAGCUCCGGCACCUCGGGUAUUCAUACCAUUCACCAAAACACCAUUACUAGAAUCCGGCCUUAUGAGACGAAGAAUGGCCAAGUCACCAAGAUUUCUUCUACCGGAAAUGAUGGCAAGAUUGUCAUUUACCAACUUUAG